AUGUAUAUAAUUUUUCCUGAGCGGAGAGAUGGGCUUGCUGAACUUAUAGCAAAGGUGAGUUCUGAUCUUGCACGUUUUCUGCAUAAAUAUGUCCCAGUCGACCAGUGCUGGGAGCGUCCAGGAGAAUUUAAGGUUCCGAAAUUUAAAAUCCUUUUUGAUUUUGAAGCUUCAAGAGUACUCAAGGAAGUAGGUAUUGAUUUGCCUUUUGAUAGAUAUAAAUCAGAGCUGACAGAGAUGGUGAACAGUUCUGAUGCUACCAGUAAAUGUAGUCAGUUAUGUGUUGAAAAUGUUUUUCACAAGUGUUUUGUUGAAGUUGAUGAAAAAGGAACUGAAGUUGUUGCUGCUACUGCUGCUUUGUGGUCUAUGAUGGCUAGCAAUAGUCGUUCUCGUGUACCUCCUCCUCCAGUCGAUUUUUUGGCAGAUCAUCUGUUCAUGUUCAUUAUACGAGAGAAGAAAAGUGGCGUGGUGCUCUUCAUGGGGCACGUCCUUAAUCCGUUGUUAAAUUCGUAA